AUGCCGGCGAAAGUCAGCCUGAUCCUGACCUAUCACGGCCUGAUGCCCGAGACCGUCGCGGAGGGCUAUUGCGGCCAAUGCGCCGAAAAGGUCCUCGAGCUGACCGACUACAAGCCGCAGCUCUCUUGGAACGUGACGGAGCGGGACUACAUCGAGUUCACGAUAUUCCUGAACGAGGUUUCGGUCCGCUACGCCGAUUGGCUCGCCAACAUGCUCAUGGACUGGCACCGCGAUGCUCAUCCGCAGGCGUUGUGGGGACAGUGGAGCUGGACUACCGACCCACCAGAGGACCAAGACUGGUACGGCAACGACACGGCUUAG